AUGGACAGAGACUACGAGAAACGACCAGCUUUGCCUGCAUUUACGACGACAUUCGCGUGCCAUGCUGACUCUGAGCGGCCUGCUAAGCGGCCGAUGUUGAAUGCCGACCGCCCACCCUUCACGCCCUCGCACGAAAGCGCCGUCAGAGACACAGUCCCUCGUCACCUCCCUCUAUCAUCAUCGCAGCAGCAGAGUCCAGUACGGGUAUCGUCAGCAAUGUACGACCCACCAUUGUCCUCAUCACGACGAACGAGCGAGAAUGACCAGCCGUCUACGACAAGUUUGCCACCUACCCUCCCCUCGAUCCACGAGUUGAACAAAGCAGCCGCUGUACCACCGCUCGACAACGGCCAUGGACCGCCACCUUCGGUGAUGCAUCCCUCAUUCUCGCACCCACCCGUCGUUGUUCCGCAACACUACGCAGGUCCUCAGGGUCCUUCGCCGACGAGCAUGUCGGCACCGCAGGGCAUGUACCUACCGAGUGGUCCGGGACCAAUCGAACCCAUGAACCGCUCUUCGUCGUUUUCUGGGGGUGCGAGCGCUUAUUACAAUAAUACUGGGCAUGGACGUGGGCAUGGGAACGAUCCAUAUCCUCCGCAACAACCCCCGCCGCAUUAUCGGGCGAGUGUUCCUCCUCCGCCCCCACCACAGCAACUACAGCACCACCGCCAAGGUUCUGGCGCCAUAUCGGGUCAAUCGCAUAACGAGGCUAUCAAUCGUGCGUUCUUGACGUCGGCCUUUAGGAGGGAUAUGGCGAAAGUCCAGGAGCAUUCGACGUACAUAUACCACCUCGUCGACCGUCUCCCACAGCAAGUCGCUACGGCAUUUACGGAUGCAGCCAUGGGACCUGGAGAGACUGCGGCUAUGAAUGAGGCAUUGAAGAGGGCGCAGGAAAUGGUUAAAUACCUAAAGACAUGGAGAGUGAGCGGGCUAUUCCCGGAUGACGGGUCUGCACCCGUCGACAACUCAUCCCCCCUUCACGUCGACACCCAACUCAACUCCGGUCACGGUGAUCGCGAUUCGAAGAUGUACAGCCCCGGGAGCGUAGCCGACUCCCAAGGCGGCCACGAACUCUCGAAAUACAAGAAGAGGAGUCGGGCUGCACCGCCCGGUCGUUGCCACUCGUGUAAUAUUGCGGAUACGCCGGAGUGGAGACGUGGACCGGAUGGUGCGAGAACAUUGUGUAACGCUUGUGGAUUGCAUUACGCAAAGUUGACGAGGAAGUCCAUGAAUGAGGAGGCGAAGGGGUUGGGUGGGGAUAGUCGUGGGAGUACGGAUAUGAAGUGA